AACAGUGUUAGGUCAUUGCUUCUGCAAACACAGCCAGGGCUGUUCUUCUAUAAAAGGGGGAGAAAGCAGCUCCAGAGCCAUCACAGACUUGGAGGGGACAGUCUGUGACCAAGGAUACUGCACCCCCUCCUCGGCACCUGACUCCCUGCCCAAGUAUGAAACUCAUACUCUCCGCUGUGCUGUCCUUCGGGAUAGUGGCCCUGUGUUUUGCUGCUUCCCCCAAGACCACCAUCAGAUGGUGCACAAUAUCCUCAGCAGAAGAGAACAAAUGCCAUAGCCUAAGGGACAACAUGCAACAAGAGAAUGUUGCAUUGAGUUGCCUGCAGAAAGCAACGUACCUUGACUGCAUAAAAGCCAUUUCGAAUAAUGAAGCAGAUGCCAUCAGCUUGGAUGGUGGUCAAGUUUUCGAGGCAGGCCUUGCCCCCUACAAGCUGAAGCCCAUUGUUGCUGAGGUCUACGCACAAAAAGGAGGCUCCACAACCAGCUACUACGCCGUGGCAGUCGUGAAGAAGGGAACAGGCUUCACAAUAAACAACUUGCAGGGCAAGACCUCAUGUCACACAGGCUUGGGCAGGUCUGCUGGCUGGAACAUCCCGAUUGGGACACUCCUCCGCCGGGGAGACAUCAAGUGGGAUGGCAAAGACUCAGGCUCCAUCGAGCAAGCGGUGGCCAAUUUUUUCUCUGCCAGCUGUGUGCCUGGUGCCACCACUGAACAAAAGCUGUGCCGUCAGUGCAAGGGGGACUCCAAAACCAAAUGCUCCCGCACGGCACCUUAUUCUGGAUAUUCUGGAGCUUUUCACUGUCUGAAAGAUGGAAAAGGAGACGUGGCUUUUGUGAAACACACAACUGUUCAAGAAAAUGCCCCAGAUGAGAAGGAUGAGUAUGAGCUUCUGUGUCUGGAUGGCACCCGUCAGCCUGUGGACAACUACAAAGCCUGUCACUGGGCCAAGGUGCCUGCUCAUGCUGUUGUGGCUCGAGAUGAUAGCAAGGUUGAUGACAUCUGGAACUUCCUGUCAAAAGCACAGGAAAGAUUUGGUGUGGGCACAAGUGGCUCCUUCCAGCUCUUUGGGCCACCUGGCAAGAAGGACCCAGCCCUCAAAGACUUGCUUUUCAAAGACUCUGCUGUCCAGCUGAAGCGUAUCCCAGAACUGAUGGAUUCCCAGCUCUACCUGGGCUUUGAGUACUACACUGCCAUCCAGAGCAUUCAGAAAGAUCAGCUGAACCCCAACCGCAGAGAAAACAAGACACGGUGGUGUGCAGUAGGCAAGAAUGAGAAGAGCAAGUGUGACCUCUGGAGUGUGGUGAGCAACGGGGACGUGGAGUGCAUCGUGGCAGACAAUACCAGGGACUGCAUCAUUAAGAUCAUGAAAGGUGAAGCAGAUGCUAUCAGCUUAGAUGGAGGUUUUGUCUACACUGCUGGUGUGUGUGGCUUGGUGCCAGUGAUGGGAGAAGUCUAUGAGGAUGACAGGCAAUGCAACAAACCAGAAGGAGAACCAGCAUCCUACUUUGCCGUGGCUGUUGUGAAGAAAUCUGAUGGUGAUAUCACAUGGAACAAUCUGCAGGGUAAGAAGUCGUGCCACACUGCUGUCGGGAGAACUGCUGGUUGGAACAUCCCCAUGGGCUUGAUUCACAACAGGACGGGAAGCUGCAAUUUUGACGAAUACUUCAGUGAGGGCUGUGCUCCUGGGUCUCCUCCUAACUCCCGCCUCUGCCGACUCUGCAAGGGCUCAGGGAGGGUCCCACCUGAGAAGUGCGUUGCCAGCAGCCAUGAGAAAUACUAUGGAUAUACUGGAGCUUUCCGGUGUCUGGUCGAGGAGGGGAAUGUGGCCUUUAUUAAGCAUUCGAUCGUCGAGGAAAACACUGAUGGCAAAAAUAAAGAAGACUGGGCCAAAAAUCUGAAAAUGGACCAAUUUGAAUUGCUGUGCACUGAUGGGCGACGGGCAAAUAUCAUGGAUUACAGAGACUGCCACCUGGCAAGAGUUCCGACCCAUGGUGUCGUCACACGUCCCGAGAAAGCUAAGCAAGUCCGUGAGCUGCUGGAGAGACAAGAGAAACUGUUUGGAACAAAAGGAAUUGAGAAAGAAAGGUUCAGUAUGUUUCAGUCUCAAACCAAGGACCUUCUGUUUAAAGACUUGACCAAGUGUCUGGUCAAACUCCGCCAUGGCAUAACAUACAAGGAAUUCCUUGGAGAUCAGUACUAUGCUUCAGUUUCUAGCCUCAAUACCUGCAAUCCAUCAGAUCUCCUCCAGGUGUGCACCUUCCUUGAGGACAAGUACCAUUUCUUCUUCAAGCUCAACAAAUCCCACGGGGCGAGUCUCCAGCCCCCUGCCGGUCUUGCUAGCUCCAUGGCGGGGAGGCUGGAGCCGCAUCUGGAGGCGCUGCGGCGGGAGCUGCGGGUGCCCGACCCCACCGUGCUCUCCGUCCUGCUGGCGCUGGUCGCCGUUAUCAUCACGCUCCUGAUCUGGAGGCUGGUGCAGGGCAGGAGGAGCAGCCGGAAGGCGGUGCUGCUGCUGGGGCUCUGCGACGCGGGGAAGACGCUGCUGUUCGCGCGGCUGUUGACAGGCAGAUACCGGGAUACGCAGACUUCAAUAACUGACAGCUCUGCAGUUUACAGGGUCAGCAAUGACAAGAGUGCUAACGUCACCUUAAUCGACCUUCCAGGCCAUGAGAGUUUGCGGCUUCAGUUCUUGGAGAGAUUCAAGGCUGCAGCCAGAGCCAUCGUGUUUGUGGUGGAUAGUGUGGCCUUUCAGCGGGAGGUGAAGGAUGUGGCAGAGUUCCUGUACCAGGUCCUGGUCGAUAGCACUGUGCUCAAAAAUGCACCCGCACUCCUGAUCGCUUGCAAUAAGCAAGAUGUCACAAUGGCAAAAUCAGCAAAACUUAUUCAACAGCAGCUGGAAAAAGAGCUCAACACCUUACGAGUGACCCGCUCCGCAGCCCCUACAAGUCUGGAUGGCUCAGCCAUUGGGGGCCCUGCCCAGCUGGGGAAGAAGGGCAAGGACUUCGACUUCUCCCAGCUACCCAUGAAGGUGGAAUUUGUGGAGUGCAGUGCUCGGGGCAGCAAGGGAGAGGAGGGAGAUGCUGACUUCGAGGGUCUCGAGAAAUGGCUGGCCAAGAUCGCUUGAACGGAGAAGAGCAAGGCUGGAGGGAGAGACUUGGAGAGGCACGACACUUGGGCAUUGAAUGAAAAAGAGGGUCUGAAGCACUCAAAUCUCUUCUUGCUGUAGAAAGAAGAAACUUGGGCUGGAUAUCAGCAUUGUGGUAUCUUCCUCUGCUGCUCAUGGGCUUGUGAGCAACAUGACACAAUUGCUGGUGUGAUUUCCUCUGUCUAUUCAUGCUGCAACAUUUUUUUUUCUCUCCCUUCUUCCUUUGUCUUGCUCUGGGAUGCUGACUGUCUGGGCUUCUGCAUGUCCUUGAUCUUUACGCUUUCAUUUGGUAGUUGCCAAGCAAAUUAGGAGGGAGUGCAUUGCCAGGUGAGUUUUACAGAUUGGAGUCAGCUUACUGCAUUGCGACCCUACUGCCUCUCAAGAGCUGCUGAUCACCUCCUGAUUCGGAAUUCCUUCCCCAGCCUCUUGCUGCUUAGGAGCACUGUGCACAUCACCUAUGCUGUCCUGGCAAAGUGCACAGACUCUCAGGCAAUCAUUGAGUAUAAAAUGGUGUUUUCCUCUGUGUCUCCUACUUUGCUGUUCUUCCAAACUGGUGCAGUUCCAUUUCUGUGGGACUGGAGUGGUCUAUCAAAGCAAGGCUAGCAGAUCUGCCUUUGUCACUGUGCUCUGCCUGUGUCCAGCUCUGGUGCCUGUAUCUUCAGGUGAUUUCCACUGUUGGAUAGUUCUUGGGAAUUUUUCUUUAAUGAGGGCUAUGUCCUAAAUGCUUGUUUCGCUCUGCUUCUCCUUCUCGUACUUCAGACAUGUAUGCACAUCCUCCAAGUGGCAGAGUUUAUAGUAAGGUCUUAACUUGUAAUUAUAAGGCGGGCAUGUUUUCACAUUCAUACCUACAUUACGUGUGAGAUAUGGCAUGACAGGCAUUUGCUGUGCAGUCCCCUGCCUGUCUGCUGCUCCAGUGACUGCAGCAAGAUCUUUUUUUGUGUGUAAUUAGUCAGCAAUCGUGGCAAAGAGAGGGAAAGUCAAGGAGCUGCUAGCAAGGUAGUGUGAUUCUUUCUCCUGAGGAAGAUGCUCAGUAAAGAAGGGAAAGAAAUGUUUUUCCCAAUUCAUUUAUUUGUGUGUGGUGUUUAAAACCAAAGUGGCUGCUGUGUGUGUGAUCUCAACUGUUAAUCUUGUAGGGAAGAUUCAGGGAAUGCCUGUCACCAGCUGUCUUGGUGGCUCUGGAGGCUGCUUGGAGUAUUGGAGGACUCUGAUUCAGCAUGCUUCUGAACUGUCCAAGGGACAUUUGCUCUCCUGCUUCCCAUGCUCUGGUCAGGAGCACUGGCUAUCCAAAGGGAGAUCUUCCCACAGCAUUGGUGGUGGUCAGGCGUGAGAUAAGAGCCUGGUGCUGUGCAUUCAGCUUCCCCUUCUUGAUCAGCCUUAAAACAGAGUUGCCUUGCCCAGCAGCUACAUAGAGUUUUCUGCGCUGAUGGGGUGUCAUUUCUGUGCUGCACCUGUGUGAGGAGGAUUGCUCUCCACACUGUGAGGUCCUAUGGCAUUGACAUUUCCCCUUUGGUUCUGAUGCUUCUCCUUCUGUUUUAGAGCUCUUUUCGUCCUUUGCAGGCUCCUCUUCUCUGUUUUGAUGCUCCUUUUAUCACUCAAUUGAUCUAUUGUGUUCUUUUGCUUUCUGGGGCAUUCUAUGCCUCUCUGUAGCAUUGCGGAGUGUUAUUAGUGUUGUGAAGAGCAAGAGCAGUCUUCAGCAAAGACUUGUGCUCGUAAUGAAGCAUUUCUAGUCUUGUGAACACAGUGACUCUUCUACUAUCCUUGCAGGAGGUGGGGAGGGUUAUAUUUACGAACUAUGUUAUAUUUCUUGCAGCCAGAGUAUUGUUGGAACAUGUUUGUCAUGCUUUGAACUCCUUUAGCUGGAGAUCCUUUUUUAGACUGCCUGCUUUGAAUUCAUAAUGCUGAAGUGACAAUAUUGCUGUUUCUUUGCGUAGUUACUCUGCUUGCAAAGACCUGCAUCCUUGAAAAGCAAAGGCCAAGCGCCAGCCUCUGCUGGGGUGAAGUGGGAAGGUAGCAUGAGGCCAUGAUUGGUUUUAAGUUAUUGUUAUUAAAAAUAUUCCUUAAACUCUCCUUUUUUUUCU